AUUAAAGAAUAAAAAGAAAAAAAGAAAAAGAAAAAAAGUUCAUAAAUGUCUCUAACACCUGAAAAUAAUUUUGAAGGGCCUCAUUUUUCAAACGGACCUACAAGUAGAACUACAAUAGGACAAUUUUCAAGAAUGAAUAUUCAUGAGCAAUUUGAAUCGUUAAUUCAAAAUGCUGUUCAAGAUAAAGAAAUAAAAACUUUAAAAGAACAAAUCGACAAAUUAAGAGAAGAAAAUGAAAAAUUAUCAAAACAAAUCGGUCAUGGUGGUCAUGGUGAUAUUAAGAAUAAAGCCGAAACUUUGAAAAAAGCACUUGAUGACUUUUUGGAGCAUCCAAAUUCAAAUAGACACCCGACCUUUAGUAGUAGAUUACAACAAGCUUCCCACAUUCCUCCUUCUGUUUCAAUCCCAAAUUCCAAUAUUGAUGGUAUAUUAAACCAUCAACUUCUACUCGACCAGAUGAACUUUCAGUGAAUAGUCAGAGAUUUAAUCCAAAUCGUAAUUUCAAUUCCCACAAUUCUCACAAUUCUCAUGAAGAUUUUAGCGUAUGUAUCUAUACGUAUAUUUUGCUUUGUUUCCCAUAAAAAAAUAAUAUAUAUAUAUUUUUUUUUUUUUU